AUGGCGAACCUGCGGAUGGCUAUGGACGCGGCUUUCUGGGACGUUAACCUGGCUUCUCCGCAGUCUCUGGUGGAUGGCGUAGUACGGGCUGUACCGGGAGAACCAGUGCCGCUCGAUGGCGCCCGCGCGGGGCGGACAAUACGCCCCCUCCAACUCGCCUUCUUCCACAACGCAUUCCCAUUGGGCCUUACGCCGUCAUUCUGUCCAACCUUGAAGAAGGAGCAGGGUUCCUUCGCCGUGCAGUCUCUCCUGAUUGGCCCCUCUCUUGGCGACUGGUACUAGUUGUGUUAUCUCUUGGUUUCUAGUCUCUUGCUGUGCUGACGGUGGCAGUGGUUCGAAGAGUUGAUGUCUUGUCCUAUAAUGUUUUUUCCUCCAGUUAAUGACCCUUGCUCUAUGCUGAGAUUAAGUAUAUACUUACUCGCCAGCGUUGCACUUGUUUAUCGUUGAUUCUUGAAUCUCAUUGCAAACCAGAUGGUCCGAAUGAAUUUCAUCUGCCAUCAAAAUAAAUUAGGCGUUUUCAUGACCCCCCUUCUAUGUUUUUUUGAAUGGAAUCCCCAUAUCUACCUACAGUUCAUCUGUAUUCCUCCGCAUGAGCUUUCUUAAAUUUCUGUUUCCGUGGUUGAAAUUUAGCCUUAUCCUUGCUAAUGAUGAUUAAUAUCUGUAGAUUCUUUGUUUUGCAUAUCAUUGGUGUACUUACUGACCGUAUUUGACAAGGACCGAAUGGGAAUGCACUAUCUGCAACCUCUGAAAGCACGAAAAGGAUUUAUAUAGUAAAGCUGAAUUCAUGUUAUCACCAUAUAUUCGUCGAUUCUGACCUCUGAACUGCACUUCGCUUUCUGAUUAGCAUUGGUACCGUGCCCUUGGUUGUCAUGUUUUCUAGGUGGACGGGUUUGAUUGGGCAAUUCCGACCGAGGAAGCUCAUUUCAUCAAUUAAGUCAGAGUUGGCGAAUGCUGAUGAGCUGGACCUUGUUGCACUUAGAGAUGUUGCGAAACAUUUAUUGGACAAAUCUCUAUAUGCAAUUGGUUUGUGCUCACAAUUUUCCCCAACCCCUGAUACCUCUUUGCUUUUCAGCAUUGAAGGUCACGGUGAAAAGGAGAAGAGCCGUUCUAAAGCAACCUUUAUCCACAAGGUAUUUACCCAUAAAAUUGCUUUUAACAGUUUCAGUUGACUAUAUAAUUAGAUAUUAUGGUUUGAGAUUAGUGCGCCUAAUUUUCCCUUUUUUGCAUGGGAGUUAGAUUCCUCAGUUUCCAUCUGGACAGUUUUCUCAUAGGAAGUAUGAUGCUUUAAUAUUCCUCUAUUUUUUUUACUGUUCAUGAUUUCUUUCACCCAGUUGUAUAUUUUCUCCCCUGUCAGUAUGAUGGUCUUUAAACAGUGCAUCAUUUCACAUUUUCACCUUUUCCUCUGGCGGCCUGUUUCUCAGUAAGUUUUCUAACAUGAUAUCCUCUGAGGCAGCUUCCCAAUCACGAUGUCACGGUUGAAGCUGCAUGGCCUGAGUUAUUUAUUGAUAAGAAUGGAAAAUAUUGGGAUGUCCCCAGUUCUUUAUCCUUGGAUGUGGCAUCUCUUGUUUCUGACUCUGGAUUGAGGUAUCGUUUUGGUUUGCACAAAAGUAGUGGUCAUCCUCAACCCCUUAAUUCUUCAGGUAGUGAUGACAAAAUACCAUUAGCUUUAAUGCCUGGGUUUUGUGCGAAAGCUGCAUUGUCUUAUGAAAAGAACAGAGAUUUCUGGAGAGAAAAGGACAAGGAUUCUGGAAGCAAUCUUGAAAAAGAAAUGCCUUGGUUGUCUCCAUAUGAUGAACGUCUAAAAGAACCGCAUGCAUCAAUAUCAGCCAUUCUGGGUAAGACUGAUUAUUUGGUGGAAUUUUCUUAUUUAUCACUGCUGAUUGAUGUAUGUUGUAUAGUUUAUACACCAAAGUUUGCACAUAUAUUAUCUUAUAAUUUUUUCCCAAAAGGUCAGAAAAACUUUUGCUUGUUUUGUAAAGGCCAAACAAUUGUAUUUCGCAACGUAAUGGUGUCAAAGCCUCAAACAUCAUGCCCAAUAAUGUAAAUCUUAUAUGUCCUGAAGACUAGUUUCAGACAUUUCUUGAAAAUUAAUGAUAAGCAAUUCAUGAUCUAUAUUCUUAUGAUUUAUUCACUUAUAGAUAAGGAAAUGUGGAUCUUGACCAAUGUCAAUGCUUGAUGACUACAUGGUUCACUCUUUUAUUAUUUUUUUAGAAUGUUCACAUAGAUAUUCUUGUUGAAUACAGAGAAAUUAAUUCAUCUCGUUGUCUUAAUAAUGUUACUGAGAUGCAUGAUUAUGCACAUAUUUUUACGUAAAUUGUGUUAUUUUAUCUGUUGGAGAUGGCAUGCACUAUUAGAUCUACAAGCAUUAAUUUAUUUUCUGUCGCAAGAUAGGCAAUUGUUGCUACUGUUACAAAAUUUCCUGUUGUUAAUCAUCUUUUCGUCAUCUUCCUAUGCGAAUUCUCUCAUGUUUGAAACACCAUCCAAGUUAGUACAAGAGGACAUCAAACUAUUGCUUUCAGAGAUAAAGAGAUUACAAGUUACUGUAACAGGACUAUCUCCAGCUUUCAUAAUGUUUUACUGUUAACUAUUCCGAUUCGUGCCUGCAACAGCGUCCUUGAAGCAUUUUCUUAGUUUAAUAGACAUUUUUGGUCAGUAACAUAUUCAUGUUCAUUCAUAACAUAUUGAAAAUUCAGCUAUCACUUUUAUGCACGAGUUGGAAUCGGAAUAUUUGGCUUCUGACUCAUUAGAUGCCCUUUCUCAUACCAAUGUAACUAGUGGUCCAUUAUGUUUCAACCGUUCGUGGCCAAGUCAAAAAUGAAAAAAGGGUUGUAGGUUCUUACAUUUUUCCUGAUGCCAAAGUUUGUAGAAUAACUUGGUUGCUCUUCUACCAUUAUGGAUUAUAAUUUCUAGGAUACUUCAGAAGCGUGCACCUUUAUCCAGAAACUUCACAUCCCAGUUUUCUAUCUGUUGAUUUGUAAGGACAUGAAUAUAUUGAUUCAAUUAAUGACUGAAAAUUUUGCAGUCUUCUGAUAGGACCCUAGUACUGAUUGUGUUUUUUUGGAAUAUAGAAUGCUACAAUAUUAAAUUAGGGAGCAUUACGAGCAGCUUCUUUCUAUAUGAGGGUUCUUUUCAAUUGUUUCUUGAACAAUUAACUCUGGUUCAGAAAGUGGCUUUUUGGUUAUCUUUUUUCAUCUGCUUUCAGUCAAGCUCAUCUACUCUUCACCUUGCGCCAUUCAGGCGGAUCUUGUGCUGCUUUGUUCGGAGGAAAUCAAGAGGACGAUGUUAACUAUGCCCAGGAAGGAAAUGGAACGAUUAAUCAGAGCCGAAAUUUCAGGAGAAAGAGGAAUCCAUUUUCUGGUAACGUUUUUGGGUCAAUGUGCUACACAGUACAGCACGGUAAAUUCACGGAGGAUUUUAAUGACCUGACACGAUUAGAUGCCCGAUUGGACUUUGCGUCAAUCCCGGCAUUUAUUAGAGGUGCGUCUCGUCUGCUGUAUGAUGCAUUCAGAGGUCCGGCUGAGCAGAAGGCUAGUACUCUUGCGUCUCCAAAGCUAACUUUGAUCCUUCAGCAACAGGUAAAUCUUCCAUUUUCCAUCAUUUUUCUGAUUUUUGGAUUUCCUUGGGAGUAUAUGGACUUUUAUCAUUCGUACCCAGUUGUCGUUACAUUGUGAAGAGCACGAGUCUCUCUGUCUGCAACCUGUACAGCUCCGGCCUGGCUUUUAGGGUCCAGACCUUAGAAUCAGUCCUGGGUAUACAGAUUUUGACUAAAUCUAGCCUGGCCUUGGCUGCCCCUGUUGACUCCUGCGCAGGCAUAAUUGGUCUGAUGGGUGAUGGGUCUGUUAUUAAAAAUAAGGUGCAUCCUAGAAAGUAGAGAUUAGCCCUUGUCUAAUCGCUGAUGUCGAAUGGUUUCUUCAUGACGCCAGGGAUGCAAGCAGGUGAGAAAAAACAGUUGCUGAUCAAAACACCCCUAAUCGAUGUUUGACUUGUCAAUAUUUGUCAAUCUGCCUGCAGGUGGCAGGUCCGAUUGUGGUUCGGGUUGACUCCAGGCUUGCAUUCACGUCGCCAUCUGGAAAGCAUGCUCCGAAUGUUGAGGAUAUAAUGUACAGCUUGAGUUACUCCCUUCGGAUUCUGCGGUCAGGCAAAAUCUUGGCUUGGUAUUCCCCAAAGAGGAAGGAAGCGAUGGUUGAGUUGAGGCUUUUUGAAUUCUAG